CCACCCCCCUGGACAGUCGCAAGAAGAAAAGUGAAAAAGUGAGGAACUACCGCUGAAGAAUAUCCUUGUGAAUAGUGCGAUUAAACGACGACGAUGGCUGGAAAAUCGAGUGAAGAAGUUGAGCAACAGCAGAAGCAAACUGAAACUACGGAGCAAACGCAAGACUCGGCCAAUGCCGUUCCAGAGACGGCAGUCGUUGAUCCGGAAUGUCUGAUCAAGCAUCCGCUGCAGCACACCUGGACGCUCUGGUACCUCGAGCUGGACCGAUCGAAGACGUGGGCCGAAUCGAUGAACAAGGUGACGAACUUCUCGACGGUAGAGGACUUCUGGAGCCUGUACAACCACAUUCGCGGUCCGUCCGAGAUCAAGGUUGGCGGAGAUUACAUGCUGUUCAAGUCACACAUUCGCCCGAUGUGGGAAGAUGAGGCCAACAAUCGUGGUGGCCGGUGGACGCUCAACUCGGGCAAGCAUUUUUCGGACAAAUACUGGCUCGACACGAUUUUGUGCCUGAUUGGCGAAGCUUUCGAAUACUCGGACGAGAUCUGCGGUGCGAUCGUGAACGUACGUCAAAAGAUUGACAAAAUCUCUAUUUGGACCGCCAACUCGCAGAAUCGUGAGGCCGUGAUGAACAUUGGCAAAACGUUCAGGGAUCGUCUAGGACUUCGGCAGCAGAUUAACUACCAGAACCACAAGGACACGAUGGUCAAAUCUGGCUCGACGACGAAAGCUACCUAUACCCUCUAGAAUUGCAAAGGAAGAGGAUCCAUCGCCCAUUGAGGUGACUGAGCGUUUUUGUUUUUUUUUAUUAAUCAAUCGAAGGGAAGAGAGAGAAAGAGAGACAGAAAUGGCGUGUGUGUGCGUGUGAUGUGUGACGUUGCGGUGCGGAACACUAGAUUAGGCCGGUAGGAAAAAACGGGAGUUGGCACGGAGCCGGUGAGCUAUCUUUUUUCGUUUUCAUAGAUUACCUUAGGCUAGACCAAGUGGUGUGACAGGCGGCGAUGUGAUGGACACGCAUUAGCGAUUCUCGAUAAACACGAAUCGUAAAGAAUAGUGCGGGGAAUUGAGUUCAUUAUCAUCAGCGUCCUUCAGGAGUAGGUCUGUGCAAUGCGACGGGGAGCGUCUGUCGCGAGCCAGAGUCUCAAAGACUCCCUCUAGAUAGCGUCGCUAGAGUGCGUUCAAUACGCACGCAAACGGCUUCUCCACUCCUCUAGUAAAACGUGUCGCGCGUGUCCAGUGUGUGUUCAAUCAGCAACAUCUCUGCCCUCUUUCGAUCGUAUCCCUUGCGUUACACUGGUGUUUCCUUUGAUUUUGUAUGUAAUGCAGUUUGGUUGAAUUUCGAGAAGAGAAGUCGUCAAGUGCUCCACUAGGGAAGGGCUACUAGGAUUGUUUCCUGUCGAGAGUGGUCACAAAGACCGGUCACCGGAGGUCGAAGAUAGUUAAACUAAUUUCGCUUGGUGGUGGAACGUGACAACGAAGUUCAUGUUCUACCACCGGUGGAGCGACUUGGUGCAGCAUGGAAGCUUUGUUAUCUUUCACUAAUUAUUACUGAACGUUGAAGCGGCGCACCAUAAGGCCGCUACUAAAGAGAAAUGAGUGAGCGAUUGUGAACCAUGGAAAACCGAUGGGUGAGUGUAGAAGAACAACGGUUUACAUAAUAUUAGCGCUGGAACGUGAAACUGUGGGAUUUCUUAAUGGAAGGAGCGACCGACCCGGGGGGCAGAAUUUAGGAAUUUGCGGCGGCUCAACGGCGAAUGAAAAGGUCUAGAAUGAAAUUAUCUACUAAAUAUCGCUAUUGCUUAUCAUUUAAUUGAAUAUAUAUAUAAUAUGUAUACACAACCCCCCACACACCGAGGUAGAAGAGGAGAGACGGCACACAGUUAGUAACAAGCAAAUGAGGGGCGAGAUGGAUGAAUGGAUGGGCCGACGGGUUUUUGGCAGGAGAACAAUUAAUUUUGUAAAACAUUUAUACUACUUUUUUUUUAAACGAAGUGUAAUCGUAAAUUAUUCAGUAACGGCCGUAACAUCGUUACACAGGAAUUAUAGGAAGUGAAAUAAAACAAGAAGGAACGCAAA